CCGCCGAUAGUUGCCUUGCCUGUCGGUGGAACGUCCCGAGAGGGUGUCGGGUUGGGGUGUAAACGCCACUAUAGGCCUCGUUCUGCACCUAGGGUCCUGGGCCUUGGCCUCAGGAACGCUGCAGAGCCGGUCUGUAAGUUCCCAGGCGUGGAGAACUUGAGACAAUCCAAUCCAGGCACCACUACCCAUGGGUGAGCCGAGUAAGGUGGCGUCUUUACUUGCUUAUCAAUCUCCUUCCCGAAUUCAGAUUCCCACCCCGCUGAACAUCUGCACACCUAACCAGGAAUUGGGACACAGCUCCCAGAAAAGGGUUCGUUUCUCUGGUGCAGCCUAGGGCUCUGUGCUCAGGCCACCACGGGCAAGUGAACAUGGCAGAGACACUGGAGUUCAACGACAUCUUCCAGGAGGUGAAAGGGUCCAUGAAUGAUGGGAGGCUACGAUUGAGCCGCCAGGGUAUCAUCUUUAAGAACAGCAAGACCGGCAAAGUGGACAAUAUCCAGGCCGGGGAGUUGACAGAAGGCAUCUGGCGCCGGGUAGCGUUGGGCCACGGACUUAAACUGCUCACAAAGAAUGGCCAUGUCUACAAGUAUGAUGGCUUCCGAGAAUCGGAGUUUGAGAAACUCUCUGAUUUCUUCAAAACUCACUAUCGCCUUGAGCUAAUGGAGAAGGAUCUGUGUGUGAAGGGCUGGAACUGGGGAACAGUGAAGUUUGGUGGACAGCUGCUUUCUUUUGACAUUGGUGAUCAGCCAGUCUUUGAGAUACCCCUAAGCAAUGUGUCCCAGUGUACAACAGGCAAGAAUGAGGUGACCCUGGAAUUCCACCAGAAUGAUGAUGCCGAAGUGUCUCUCAUGGAGGUGCGCUUUUAUGUCCCUCCCACCCAGGAAGAUGGUGUGGACCCUGUAGAGGCCUUUGCCCAGAACGUUCUUUCAAAGGCAGAUGUGAUCCAGGCCACUGGAGAUGCCAUCUGCAUCUUCCGGGAGCUGCAGUGUUUGACUCCUCGUGGUCGCUACGACAUCCGGAUCUACCCUACCUUUCUACACCUACACGGCAAGACCUUUGACUACAAGAUCCCCUAUACUACAGUUCUCCGUCUCUUCCUGCUGCCCCACAAAGAUCAAAGACAGAUGUUCUUUGUGAUCAGCCUGGAUCCCCCCAUCAAGCAGGGCCAAACCCGUUACCACUUCCUGAUCCUCCUCUUCUCCAAGGAUGAGGACAUCUCCUUGACCCUCAACAUGAAUGAGGAAGAAGUGGAGAAGCGAUUUGAGGGGCGGCUUACCAAGAACAUGUCAGGAUCUCUCUAUGAGAUGGUCAGCCGGGUCAUGAAAGCACUUGUAAACCGUAAAAUCACAGUCCCAGGCAAUUUCCAAGGGCACUCAGGGGCCCAGUGUAUCACCUGCUCCUACAAGGCCAGCUCAGGACUCCUGUACCCCCUGGAGCGGGGCUUCAUCUACGUGCACAAGCCCCCUGUGCACAUCCGCUUUGACGAGAUCUCUUUCGUCAACUUUGCCCGCGGCACCACAACGACUCGUUCCUUCGACUUUGAAAUCGAGACCAAGCAGGGCACUCAGUACACCUUCAGCAGCAUUGAGAGGGAGGAGUAUGGAAAGCUGUUCGAUUUUGUCAAUGCAAAAAAGCUCAACAUCAAAAACAGAGGACUGAAAGAGAAAAAGGAGGGCAUGAACCCAAGCUAUGAUGAUUAUGCUGACUCUGAUGAAGACCAGCAUGAUGCCUAUUUGGAGAGGAUGAAGGAGGAGGGCAAGAUCCGGGAGGAGAAUGCCAAUGACAGCAGUGAUGACUCAGGAGAAGAAACUGAUGAGUCCUUCAACCCCGGUGAAGAGGAAGACGAUGUGGCAGAGGAGUUUGACAGCAACGCCUCUGCCAGCUCCUCCAGCAAUGAGGGUGACAGUGACCGGGAAGAGAAGAAGCGCAAACAGCUCAAAAGGGCCAAGAUGGCCAAGGAUCGCAAGAGCCGGAGGAAGUCCUCAGAGGUGAAGAAGGGCAAAGAUCCAAAUGCCCCUAAGAGGCCUAUGUCUGCAUACAUGUUGUGGCUUAAUGCCAGCCGAGAGAAGAUCAAGUCAGACCACCCUGGCAUCAGCAUCACAGAUCUUUCUAAGAAGGCAGGCGAGAUCUGGAAGGGGAUGUCCAAAGAGAAGAAGGAGGAAUGGGACCGCAAGGCUGAGGACGCCAGGAGGGACUAUGAAAAGGCCAUGAAAGAAUAUGAAGGAGGAAGAGGGGAGUCUUCUAAGAGGGACAAGUCUAAGAAGAAAAAGAAAGUAAAAGCAAAGAUGGAAAAAAAAUCCACCCCCUCCAGGGGCUCAUCAUCCAAGUCUUCAUCAAGGCAGCUAAGUGAGAGCUUCAAAAGCAAAGAAUUUGUGUCCAGUGAUGAGAGUUCUUCAGGAGAGAACAAGAGCAAAAAGAAAAGGAGGCGGAGCGAGGACUCCGAAGAAGAGGAACUAGCCAGUACUCCUCCAAGCUCAGAGGACUCUGCCUCGGGAUCUGAUGAGUAGAGGAAGGAAAUUCUUGUCCUUGCCCUGUCCCAUCUCCAGGCUUCCUGCUCAGUUUGGUACCAGUUUCUCACAUAGUCCUUGGGUUCUGUGCCAUCUGAGUAACUGCUCCUGGUGGCUUCCACUUCUCUGAGGCACCGAGGGAAACGUCUAACCUCUACUGCUUUGCAAGGAUGGCUCCUUAUAAUCUGGGGAAAGACUGGGUAGGAGUGUGUUCUGUCUGCUCACAGUGCAUUGAAGGAUCCAAAUCCUCGUCUCAGUUUCCCGACUGUAGGGAUAAAGCUGCUUCCUAUCUUGUUCAAGUGGCUGCCGAAUGGGUCGUGUGAAGUCAGGCCUAUAGCUCCUAAUAGGGGCCUAUUUCUACUUUUAUUUUGUAUUUCUGGUCUGUGAAGUCAAUUUAAUAAAUGGAACUGACUUUGGAAACGA